GAAGAGGAGGCUGCGUCCUGGACCCGGAGAGGGAGAGGAGCCCACCUCAGUCUGACCCAGUCGCAGGGGUGGUGAGGAGGGGUACGUCAAGGGGUACGCCCGGGGAGGGGGAAGCCUGGGCCGAGGGGGCAGCCAGGCCGUGGUGCAGCGCAGAUGACGACCGGCCGCCCGGGCAGCGGGAGGCUGCAGGCGCCCCCCGAACCCCGCAGCCUACCCGUGGAGGUGCGGCACUGCAUCAACAUGAUCAUGCUGGACAGGGCGCCGAACGGGAGGUCGUUCAUGGCGUCGAUCAAUGAGUACUGCCAGAGUCACUUCCGCACAGACGUGCUGUACGUCUACGAGUACACAGGUGAAACGUACAUGGUGACGACGAUACUAGAUGGCCUGGCGUACGCCACGGAGCAGAAUACUAACAAAUUCCUAGCCAAAAUAUUGGCCGCGAGAUCGACAGCAGAGGUGUUCUUACCCGAACUGCGAAGUGACAUUCUCGACGCGCAGUUGAGCGACGACCUCAAACUGUCGAUAUUUGAUAAUGUGGACCUGGCCGAUGAAAGGAUACCUGUAAUCACUAUGCCCUAUGAAAUGAUAAAGCCGUACGUAAUACUACUGGAAUGCUUAGAUAGGAACUUUGGUUACAAGGAGAAGGACAUUGAGUUCAUGACGCAUGCGGCCAUGGGUUACAUACCCGGCCGCCUCACCAUGACCGUCGGCACCUACAGCGUGAGCGUUCCCAUGUCACGCUUCGCCAAACAGGAGGCGUCGCAGUCCAUCCUCAUGAGUGUUCACGGCCACCUGGAGUCCUGGGGCUCGCUCAUCCGCAUGUACAUCGUGAACGAGGCGCGCCCCUUUGCCGAGCUUGGCCCGUACCUGGAGAGAGCCCAGGAUAUUCCAUUGACGGCUGGCUCCGACAUUGAGGACGAUGCAGUGACCGCCGGGGUCGCCGUCGAGGACAAGGGAGAGCCUCGCGCCGCCCCGGAGGACGCCGCACCAGAUACCAGCAAACCUGAAGUAAAAGGACUGGCGGCCGUUGAGGAAGAGGAGGAGGAGGAGGAUAAGGAAGAGGACGACGUGAUUUCUGACGACGACGAGGACAAACCGAUAGCUACCUGUUACGGCGCCGAAUAUCGAGAUGAGAUCGAGGAGGAAAUCGGCGUGACUCGGCCGCGGAGAGUCAACUACCCGCUGUACGUGCGCCUCAGCUUUGGUGACCUGCCGGCCAUCGGCGACGACCUGGAGGAGGUCGAGCUCGAGUCCAUCCUGGCCACCGCGCCCGAGCCCUCCGCCGAGCACCCGCGGAUGGGUAAGAGGGGUCCGCCGCCACUGCUGGACCCGCUCAGCGAGGACUCGCCCUUCCCGGUGGCGGCCGCCGACCUGCCGGGUGAGUCGGUUCCUCUGGGACAGCAGGCCGUCAGAGAGGCCCCGCUGCUGCAGAAGCCCCUGCCACUCUACCCCCAUCCCGGUCCGCCCCAAGCCGCGAGCCAGGGCGGUGAACCCCCGGGGCUGCCGUGGUCGGCCCAGCAGACGACGGGAAGGGUCUUCUUCUUCGGGCGCCAGGAGCCCAGGGACCAGCCGAAAGCGAGGGACGCGGGCAGCCGCGGUAUCCACUGGGAUACGAACAUCCCGCCGCACAUUCCCAUGCCCAACUUCAUGACCAAUAAGGAGCAAGAAAGCGACCACCCCGUUGGCUCCGAAAUGCAUCGGCCAGUAGAACCUUUACCAUUACAAGCACCUCUAGAUAGGACUACCAGCGCAGCUCCCGACCCAUUGCAAGCGCCACUGUCAACUACUCUGCUACCAGCGCCAACAGCUGUGAUUCAAACUGAUUGGGAAACACAGACUGGUGUGGCGUCCCCCCUGCUUCCAAUGACAGGAACGACAAACGCGGUCACUGAAGAGGGUGUGCAAGAAGAUUGGCACCUGUCCCGUGAGGAAAUGUUAGAGGCGACCGAUAUCAAUUUUCAUGAAGUAUCCAGUAAAUCAUCGUAUAAUAGACAUGGUACGGCUGUUAUGAGCCCGUACUUUGGGCCUGCAGCAACGACACCAGACGGGUUAAAGUUAACCGAUGAGGCUCAGCCUGUGCCGAAUGAAAUCAGUAAAGUGUGCUCAUGCUCGGAUUGCAAAGGCUGCCAGCCCCAAGAUCGGGAAAACAUAAACUGGGAAGCAAGGGAGGAACUCUACCAACUGAUGUUAGAAAUCAACCAGAUGCAGAUUGAAGAUGAUUCUAUGGAGGACCUCUUGCCCGCCAGCCUCCUGAGAUCACUCCAGAUUAUAUAGUUGCACAAGCUGCAACACAUCAUUGCGAUGAUAUUGAAGUACACAAGAACAAAUUACUUCUUACAACUUGAAAGCAAGGACAUUGCACAACAAACGUCAUAUUAGUUUUCUUACUUAUUUAGUCAGCCAAGUGACACGACAUGGAAUUAUUCAUAGUACAAGCCAAUCCUCGGUCCAAACGUCUAAAUUGCUUAAAAUUGUUCAAACAAGUCCUCAAAAUUUGUGCUAAAAGUCAUGUAACUUGAAUUAUCCUUCUAAUUUUUGUGAAAGAAACCUGACAAAAUGUACAAACUUUCAGAGAAAAUUAGCACGUCACCGACAGCUCGAUCUGAUCUUCAAUAACAGGUACUGUAAUGCCGUUGGCGCCAAGGCGACAUUCGUUUUUGGUCUGUUGGUAGUGUCGAGUAGACAUUUAUAUUUGGCGGUAAAUUGUAAAUAGUUCAGCGAUUAACCCCCUCGGGAUGCCGUGUGAGACAUGAAACCAAAUGACAUCGAAGUGAUGUCGAUUCGACAGGAGACGUUUAAAUAGCAUUUCACUGUGAUGUUCUUCUACGGGAGCGCCAUAUGGGUGCAAAUGCAGUAGUGGUCUAGGUGGGCAGACAAUUUGUGACUUCGCUCUCCGCCGUUAUACGGCAAUCUCUGACUGAAUAUUGUAAGUGCGUAGGAGUUAAAUCCAACUAUAUUUAGGUAAGAUCAAAGGGCGUUAAGGAAUCUACACGAUAAAUUUUUAUGAACUUUUUAAUACACAUUUCCCUGUGUAUGCUCUAAGAAGUACUAUUUUAAACGCAGUUAUGAGCACAAUCGUUCAUAAAAUGCAAACAUACCAGUCGGCUGAUUCACGCCGCGCAUUUUCGUAGUUAUACUGUGCCGCAUGCACGCGUGUGGGCGGGUUGCCUACUCGCACGGGGCCAUUAAGAGUCGUGGGCAGCGAGCAUAGGCAUACCAGCUGUUAAUCAAAUAUCAAAAUUCCUGGAAAGAUUCUGAGCAAGCAAGCGGGGCCUUCAAAUAUUCGCGCGAGGCGCCCAAAUCGGCGGCGACAGGAAGUGCAAACGGAUGUAUUUCACCCUUCCAGCGGUCGCGCCGCCGAUCGCCUCGCGGGGAAGGGCCUCGGGCCCUCGGCUCGCGGCUCGGCUCGUCAGUCGCCCCGCUAGCAGUGAGUGUGGAGGUACCAGUUCAGUUCAGUUUAAUACAGUUUAAUAAUCAAGCCAACAACUUGAGUAAUAUCCUGUCCAAACCCGAGAUAUCUAACAUUACACCACAGCCCGCAUCCGUGCAAGCGGUAUGCGGUAGAGUAUAACUACGAAAGUGCGCGGCGUGAAUCAGCCACCUGGUAUUUCCAAAUUUGUUCACAAUUGCGCUUAAAAUAAUACGCAAUAGAGCAUGCACUAGGAAAUACGUAAAAAAAAAAGUUCAUAACAUCGUAUUAUGUAUUUUAAAGUUGGACCUAAAAACAACGCUAAAGUGGAGUUAGAGCGAGCUGAAAAGCAUGUCCCCCGUGCAGACAAGUCAUAGUGUCGCACUCCUGCAACAUUAGCAGCAACAGGAACGGGGAAAGACUAUUCUUUGCUCUUCCCUUUACACUGAUAAACUAAGUGUUCAACUGCUCAACAGUUGUAAGUGUGCAACUGCAAGUUGAAUACUUGCUAGUGUGCAACUCCGUAGUCGUACACUUGCAAGUGUUAAACUCGGUAGAUGUGCACUUGCAAGUGUGCAACUCCUCGGUUGCACACUUCCUUAGAUUAGACGCUUACUGUGUAGGAAGUGUUCAACCGAGGAGUUGCACACUUGCAAGUGCACACCUACCGAGUUGCACACUUGAAAGUAUUUAACUUGCAGUUGCACACUUGCAAGUAUUUAACUUACAGUUGCACACUUAAAAGUGUUGAGCAGUUGAACACUUAGUUUAUCAGUGUAACCUAUAGCUUUAAGAAGGUAGCAUUUAGCAUUAUUUUAAUAUUUAUAAGCAUUUUCUUUGGGACAGCCGGCCCGCACGGAACCCAGCGUAACAUUGUUUAUUUGAUUGAUCAAAUGAUGCACUCUGCACCACUCAGCAAUAUGUGUGAUAAUCAGUAGCAAGAAUUUGAUGCCCGUUGGGCUCGACACAACCGCAAUUCUUUUUUAUCUAGAUGAGUUGAAAGUAGGUUUGUUUCAUAAAAUGUAUAGUUGACCAACAUGUGACCAAUACAGGAUAUCCACCUGAUUGAAAAAUGUCAUUAAAACGAUAUCGAAGCGGUUUGGCAGGAGAAAGAUUGUGUCGAUACCGUCUCUUUACCGUUUUGAAUGGCAUUUCUCACAGGGGACUGCAAAAAGGGUUUCUUUGGCGCUAUCAAAACCUUGUCGAAGCAAUAUCUUAAGUUAAAAUGAGGUACAGUUUUCUUUCGCUAAGGCCCCAAUUUCGACUGUUGAUAUUGUAAGGGAAUCCAGAAAGUACGUCUGCAGCCUGCCAUUCAUUAUUCAUUCGGAGUAUUGCGGGAGCUCAGCGCCUGCGAGACACAGGGUAGGCUACUCUGCAGUACACCGAUGUACUGCAGACACGAUGUUGCCUACCUAUCAGGCGCUAUGCGAGCUGGUAAAGGCUGAAACAUGGCUGCCGCAAAUCAUGGACGUACUUUCUGGAUUGGGCCGUUUCGAUAUCGCUGAAAAAACUGUCAUUUCGAAGGGGAGACGCGAGGGGCUUAAAAUGGCCGAACGAAGACGGCCGAUUCCACUCGAUACUCCCAGUAAGUCACCUUUAUACCAUUUUAGAGAUAUAUUAUAUAUAGGAGUAGGAGUCACCUUUAUUCUCUCUCUACACUAUGGCUCGACACCUGAAUGGGGGCCAACAUGUCGUGGCAAUGUAUCGGGACACGACUGAUGUAUUAGAGUAAGGAUCUCCAUUUUCCAAAGGACAACGAACCGUGGUAGCAGAGGUGGGAAUUUAUGUAAAUAUGCUUCGAGGGGGAAAUCACUUGGGUCCGUGGCGCACGGGCUAUUUCGUGGUAUUUCUCCUACCAUUUCUGUUAUUUCGCGCUUAUUUCAGACUAUUUAGGGGUAUUUUGGGGUAUUUCGCAGCAUUUCGGAGGUAUUUCGCCGCAUUUCGGGGGUAAUUCGCGACUAUUUCGCCAACUAAUUUGCAUCUAUUCCGCUCUAUUUCACCGUUAUUCCGAACUAUUUCGCAAGUGAUUUUCCCCUUGAUUUGCUUGUUCUGUUGGGCUGACACAUCUCAAUGAGAAAUUGUAAUAAUAUCGAAACGAUGCCCACAUGUCCGACCGAUAUUAGAAAAGUGUCGAUUUCCGUGCCAAAUUCUGAAGUGGUGCUGCAUGGACACAUUUUUCUGAUAUCGUUUCGAUAACAAUUCUAUAUCGAGUUCGAUCUCUCACUGGGAUAUGGCAUCUAGAUAAUCUUAGAGAACAACCAUUAUCUUUUUACUCUACAUUUUGAAGCUUGUGGGCGCCCAGCUACACCGGGCGAGACGCCAUAGGGGUGGGGGUGGCGUCGGAGUGGCCGGGAGACGUUGGCGAUCAGAGCCUUCCAUUCACUCACGAUGGUAGAAGCUGGGCAUGUACUACCUAACCUACCCUAGCCUCCACUAUCAUGGUGCGCUGGUUUGCUUGGUUGACAGCGGGGUCGACACAUCAGUCCACACACUCGGCCUAAGCGUUGCUCCAGGACGUAAGGUCGAACCUGGAAGGACUGAGUAAGGACAGUCAACCGAUUCCAAAGCUACCCUUAAAAGUUAAAGGCCAGGGGUGCCUGAGCAGCACAUCACAUGGCCCUUGGGGCGUCCCAAAUUAAAAGAUUGGGUAUAGUUCCACAUCUCGGAUUUGGACUGAACUUGGCUUAUUGCUUGCAAUGGAGGCAAAUCAUCUACACCCCAAAAAAUGUGUUCUCAAUUCAAGAUAAUACCCAAAAUUUUAAGGCAAAUAGGGAUUAAUUUAAUCCUUGUUUACUUAAUUUAAGUGUAAAUAGGGGUUAAAAUAAGAACAUUUGCCUUAAAAUUUUGGGGAUCGUCUUGAAUUGAGAACACAUUUUUUUGGGUGUAUCUAACCCGAAUCCGAUCCAAAUCCGAGAUCGGGAACCACAUCCGGUUCACGAUCAACCUUUCGUUUUGGGACACCCUGACGUACCUGACCCUCUGACCUUAAACAUUUCAGGGGUUAACCAUUAGCUUAAGGUACAGACUGGCAGCGUGCGCCCUUUGGGGUGGCCGCUGUACCCCGUUGGAGCAAAUGCACGGACUGGGCCCCAUGCCGGUCGGGUUGCCUAAACGCACACACUAGAAUCAUCUUAACAUUCCAAUUUAUAGAUCACUGAGUUCUGUAAACACGCCCCCCUUAAGGAGUAUGUUUACAGAACUCAGUGAGCUGUGCAUAAAAAUAUUCAUAAGAUUUUAGCGUGCACGGGUUAGAGACGAUAGCGAGGACAAUAGGCAAGCGCAGCGGGUCAAUUUUUGCGUCUGCUCCGACGCGGCACAGUUUCCACCCUUAACAUAGUAAUAAUUGCAAUAUUUUACCAGACCGAUUCUUUUCGGCUGAUCCAUACUGCGUAAAGGGAACUCAAACUACUUCAAUAUAAAAACUCAAAUAAGAAACGCUGUGUAUUGAUUAGUAAGACGUAGAAAAGAACUGAAAACUUCGAGGAACUAACUCAGGGGUCUCAGACACGCGGCCCGCGGGCCGCUCCGGCCCGGGGAUCCGAGCCGUGCGGCCCCUUGGCGGGCCGCAAUGGGAGGUAUAGGCGGGCCGGCUGGGCCGGGCCGGGCCGGUCAGUGCCGGCUCGGCAAGCGACACAACCAAGUGGCGAGCGAGCGUCGCUGCAGGCAUGCGUCCGAAAACGACAAGUGGACGUGAGAGGGAGCUGCAGCUCAGCUCCAGCAUCUCACUCACACCAUUCGUUUCCGGACGCAUGCUAGCUCGCCGCUGUGCUCCGUCGGUGACAGAGCUGGGCCGGAGCUGGCGUUCGGCAGGCAGACCUCCGCUCCGCCUUCCCUCCACAGGCAUCUAUCUCUCUCACUCAGCUCGGUGCGGCCCGUGCAGAUCGCUCACUCUGAGACCCCUGAACUAACUAAAGCAAUUAAACGACGUGAUAACGUGGGAUUGCUGCGCAUGCCUAAAGAUUGCGAAAACCCACUCUCUGGUGCUAUUUUUAUAACAAAAAGUUAGUACUCCCACAGGCUCGACAAGGACUUUGUCGAAAUAACAUCAAACGAGGACGGAGCCAAUAGUCUGUCAUUUUAGUGGUCCACCUUGAUGUCAUCUUGUCAUCGUCCCACGUCAGAUGGGGAAUUAGUGCCAGGUUUAGGUAAGGUUAGUUUAGGUUUCGGUUAGGUGAGCUUAGGUUAGUUUAGGUUUAGGUUAGUUGGGGUUAGGUUUAGGGCGCGGUGGGCUGGGCAUGGCGGGCCCGCCAGGUAGAUCCCGCGCGCGGCGACAGUCCGAUUCAAGGAAGUUUGGCUCGUGCUUCUAACUGCUGUAGGUGUCGUCCUUUCAGGGCGGGACGCAACGCGCCUGACGUGGACGGGGACUCUGCCCCCUUUAUUCGGUGUCCUGGACUUCCCUCCCGGUUGAAGCGCGUCGACGUAAACAAAGGGGGCUUGCCGCCUUCGUGGAAGCCCCUUUUAGAACGACCCCCCCUUGCCCUUAGAGACCCGACUAGACUUUGUCGACAGAGUAUUAUUUCACGACAGAGAUUUUAGUGUUUUUGCUGGCAAAAGGCAAAUUUCCGGAAGAAGUAUAAAAGCUAGAUUGGGGUGCAAGGGGGGUUCUUACAUGAGCCCGAGGUUCUAAUACUCCGUGUACAUAAAAAUUAGCCUCUGAUAAAAAAACAGGAACAAAAAAAGCAACAAAAAAACAGAAAAACAAAACGAAAAAGAAAACACAAAUAUUUAAGAAAACUAACUAAAACACUAAAGAAAUAGUUUUAAGUAUGCAUUAUUUGAUAGCUCUCACGCAUGGACUUUACGACGUAUAUAAUUAAAGUAGGAUUGUUCGCUGUUGGAGUUGCCUUAAAGUAUUUCCUGACGACUGACGUUUCCUUAAAAUCAUUGGCUGAACUGGCUUAUUAUCAUUGGCUGAAUAUUACACUGAUAUAUAAAGUGAUUAUAAGUGAUUUA